GUGCUCCUGGUCUGCUACACUGGCAGCUAACAGCUGAACACACUGCAUGAGAGAGAACUGCACAAUUCAGCAGUAAGCCAUUGAGGGAGAGAGAGGGGGUUGAGAGACAGUGAGGAACAACGGUGCAGCCAAGGAAACCAAAGAAACACUCCUCUACCGAAUUCCCAAACUCUGGCCAGAGAGGAGGAAAAAAAGCAGCAGAGACAAAGCAUUCUUGGCUUUCAGUUUAAAAGAAGAGGAAGAAGAAAAUAAUGCGUUAGGCUAAAUCAUUUGCUCAAUAUACGAAUUCAAGGAGAACGACGUGACAGGACGUUUUUUUAUUUUUUAAAAGCUCCUAAUACAAAGUAAAGGAUUGUAGAGCAACGCUGCAGGAAUGCAUCUGGGAGAAGAAGGGAGCAGAAACAGGACCAGAGCGACAAUGAGGAUCAUGAGGUUGAUGCUUUCACUCAGCAUCCUAUUUCACAGUGCAUUUGCACACAACAAUUCAGCGAGUCCUCCUUCUAUCACAGAUGGGCCAUCGUUUACUAGUGGUGGAGGCACAUCAUCCAAACUUGUCCAGACACAGGCAACAGUUACAGUCACCAUGGCAAACAAUACUGCUAAGAUUACGACUGCAGAGCCUCGUGUUUCUACCCAAACACAACCCCAAUCUUCCACCAUAAACAACCCAUUAUCAUCUCACAUUAGCAUCUCUGGUGCCCCUUCCAGUGUUCCUGCUGCUACCUUAAGCCCCUCAAAGGCUACAACACCAGUUGCAACAGCUACAACAUUUGCAACAGUUGCAACAACUGUACCAUUUGCAACAGUUGCAACAUCUGACAGUGGCGGCAUAUCAGUGGGACACCAUAAUACUUUAAAAGCCUCUGUAGCUAGUACAAACUCCAGGACUGAGCCGUCAACAAGUACAUACAUACUGACAAGUCCUUACCAUACGGUAACAUUCAAAAUCCCAAAGGUCUCAACAUAUCCUACAACAGAACAAACUCAUUCAGCCAUUACCAAGACGAGUGAAGGAGACACAGAGAAAACAACUGUGCCAGUUACAACAAACUUGCAGAUAAAAUCAAGGACCACAGAGACUGGGAAGCCAGGGACCACCAUCACCCACCCCACUCUGACAACAGGAUCUCUUGUACCUGAGAACCUAAGUGAAACAACAUUACUGCAAACCUCUACUGCCACCACCACAGAUCCUCAGCCAAAGAUAUUUCUGUAUUCUCUAAACAGCAGAUUUGAGCCUCAGAAAGAGAAAGACAAGGAACUGGUGGAGGUGUGCAAGCAGCUGAUGGCAAAUUUCCAAGAUGGAAACUGCACCCUGAUAUGGAGGCAUAAAAAUGGCAAAGUACAGUUUGACUGCAUGGAAAUAAAUGGCAAAGUGAAAACCAACAUCAUAACCAAGUAUUAUGAGGAAAUCUCCAAGAAACCGUCAGAUAAUAAAACCCUGAUAGCCAUACUGGCCUCAUGUGGAGCUCUGCUCAUCAUGAUCUUUAUCCUUGCCAUCUGUGCCUCUCACCACCGCAGGUCAUACAAUGAGAACCAGCAACACCUUACAGAGGAGCUGCACACUGUGGAGAACGGUUACCAUGACAAUCCCACGCUGGAAGUGAUGGAGGUGCAGCCAGAGAUGCAGGAGAAGAAGGUGGCGUUAAAUGGAGAGUUCAACAAUGACAGCUGGAUUGUCCCCAUUGACAACCUGCUGAAGGAGGACAUACUUGAUGAGGAGGACACUCACCUGUAAGGUGCAGGGACAAAGGAAGAGAAGAAGAGAAAAGAGAGGAUAACAGGACCUGGUCAGUUCCAGUCCAGACAAACAAAAGCAUUCACACUUCUCACUCUAUGCCAGCCCGACCAACUAGUCUUACACUCCUGACCCUGGGAUCUUAUUGCUUGACAGGACAUGUAAUUAGACAAGUAACACCCAUGAGUACUAAACCACCACAUUCAUGGUGUUGACCUGCUCUGUUUGAUCCAUUACUGGGAAAUAAGGGCCAAAAUUCAAACACUGAUGAUGAAGAAACAAUAAUAUCAGAUGUGUUGAACAUGAAAAAGUAAUAGGCAUGUUUGAAAUCCAAUCAAUUGUGUGGACACAAAAGUGCUUAUAAAAUUGUUUUGAUAUAAGUUUUACUUCACUGAGAGCACAAUUCAAAGAUGUUUGUAUAAUUUAUUACACAUAUUCAUUCAUUCAAAAAAUUCUGAGAGAGUCUCAAAACCCUCUUACAAAAACAGCUGUGUGGAUGUUUUUUGCAUUAGCUUUUGCAUGCAGACAGGGCCAAACUACAUGCUCCAUAGGUUCAAAAAGCAGAUCAGACAGGUAACAACUGCAUCAGCUGCUGCCUCAACAGUUCCAGAGUAAUCACCUAACCAUCUCAGGACACUUUAAAGCAUCCAGGGGAUUUCCACUACUGAAUGUGGGCCAUGAGGAAAACUGAGCACGAACAUAAUUCAUAAAUUGCAGAACUGAACAGACAAUGCUUAAAGCAGAUGCACUUGUAGGAAUAAGAAACACUUUUAUCAAAAAUACCAUAGGAUUGUAGGGUGUAUGAAAAGCCGGAGGGGACAUAUUCCAAAUAUAUUUUGUCUCGAUAUGUGUCAUUCAUUCACUUAAAAUUCAUGUGAUUACACAAAGGGCCUCAGCAAAAAACAUUCGUUUGUUUGUUUUAAAGUUGUGCAUAUGAGUGGAGAACUUGUUCCAUCGAUCAAUUUUCUUGUAUUUUGAGAUGUCUUACAAGUAUGAAUAGAAUUUCAACACCUGUCGUAACCUGAGUCACCUUUUAAAUUUCUCAGCUUUUUUUCAAUUUUACUUAAGUUCUUUUUACGAAUGAAUUCUGUAUUUCAUUCAUUUGGAGCAAUACAUAUAAAUAUAUAAAUUACCCCUCACAGUUAUGUUGACAUUAGUUUGUUAACUUAACAAUUUGAAUAAUAAUAUAUUUGAAGAUUUAUUAAUACUCCUGCUAAAUGUUUCAACAUGUUAGCUUUUAGAUAAUUCCCUAAAAUUAUUUAUUCUUAUGCUUUAGGUUUGUGCUUUAACUCUCUGCCUCAUGACACAGAGUCCACCGACAGAGAGGACAGGAGUGCUCAUACGAGCAGCGUCAUGAGCUGUGGUAGAGCACAAAGUUGGUGUUGUGAAGGCAACAUUUCAUCUUUAUUUCAGAGACAGUGCUAUACCCAGGUGACACAGUAUUAACAGCACUGAUUUAGUCAGUCUCUUGAGUCCACUGCCGAUGCUGCUAAAGAUUCUAGACUUUCCUCUUUGGAUAUCUGAAAUCAGGGGCAUUUAUUUUGUUGAUUUGCUAUCCUAGAGCACUCGAUAAAAUACACAUAGCUAGCGUUCAUUAUGUCACAUUACACACUUUUCUGAGGUUAGGAGCUUUGAAUCUAACUUGUCAUUUUCAUUCAAACUCCAGACAGUACUUAUAACAUUCUUGAAUGAGGCCCAAUGAUUACAUGCUCCAAUUUUCUUUCAUUUUCUUAGUCACCUAUUAGACCACACAUAUCUUUGGAUUUAGGACUCAUAGUUGCACAAACAAAUAGUUUUUAACUAAAUUAUGAACCAAAUAAUUAUUGACAGCUAUUGAUCAUGAAAAUAACUAUUAUUUGCAGUAGAGUCUCUACUGCUCUCCACCCUGGCCUUCCAUUAUAAUAAGAAAUAGAACACUUUGCCUUCUUUAAUAUAGAAAUAAUAUCACUAAUAUUAUUACAGAAGCAGGCUUGCCAUUCCCCCAUUUCCAGUCUUCUCAGCUAACUCUCGUCAAGAAAGCUACAAUACUAAACUACUCCUCAAACAUUAGUGCCACCCAUUACCUAAAGCUAACAGUAGUUCCUGUCCUGACCCCCAUUUAUCAACAGGUUUCAGUUCACUUCAGCACCAUCUAACAAGUGUUUUUUACAGUAUGUCACUGCUUCACGCUCAUCAAGGUGAUUUUCACAAUAGUCUGCAAAGCAGGACACAAACUGAGAACCACCAGUCAAGUGGUAAACCAGUUCAUUUCAGAAAGAAUGGAUGGAUUUUCCAUCGACUAGGAAAGUUUCUUGGGAGAGUAUGUCCAGAUAAUAAACUUUUGAAGCUAUCAGGAUGACACUUUUUCCUAGAAAAUAUAACAAAACUGCCAACUACUCAGUCCAAUAACUAUUAUUAAAAAGAAUGUAAACUGGACAGAUGCAGAUCAACACUGGUAUUGGUAAGUACAGACGCUGUACCAAUAACUGUGCAUGUCUUCGGCAAAGGCUGUAAAUAGUAUGCAAAGGGUGUCAUUCUCAUAGUUGCUGAUGCUUAAAAUGCACUUACCUUUAAAUCACCUAAGAUGUUAAUCUAUAUUUAGUUCCACUUCAAACUAUAUAAAAGUUAGUACAUCACCUUGGCUACUCCAAUCCAACCAUUUUUGUGUUUGCAUGUCUAUAUUUUCAUUUAAAUCAUAGUGAUGAAUUUUCACAAAAGUACCUUUACUCGUAUUAUAUGUAUUUAUAAUUUGUUUUCUGCUGUAAGAAAAUGGCAGGGGUCUGACACACUGGAGGCUGUAAACUGUCAACUAUCUUGGCGGUCAUGUUCAAAUUUGCAAAUAAAGGAAGUGUUUUUCCACUUUG